GCAGCCAGCAACGAGAGCAGCAGCCGUGUCCCCUGACCGUCUGUCCGGCAGCCACUGCUGGGUCCGACUCAGUCUGGCGACAACGUUAGCGGGGGGCUUGUUUUGAUUAAAGUUGACGGAUUUUUUUCCGUUUCAUAUUUUAUUCCCUGUAUUGUUGUGUGGAAGUACAGGAUAUAUACUGUGGUUCCCGAGUCCUUAUCCGUUGGCUGUUUUUUUCCGCACAUCACCGAAGGAGAAAUAAACUUUGGAAUUAACCGAUCUCAAAGUGGAGAGGAGCAACUUUUCCAACAGGCUGACCUAUGCUAAGCUAACCCGCUAAGCCAGAAGUCUGGAAUGCAGUUGAAAUUCCAGUUAAAAGUCCACAAAGGAGCACACGAACUGUCUGUUUCGCUAUUCGGUGACUAUAUGAGAUUUACUAGAGACUCUCACAGUGAAAGCUACUCCGCGGAGCCUCUCCGUAUUUGGUCGGAAUGGACGCUGCAGGUGCACCUCUUGAGGCACCUGCGAAAACUUGGUAACUUGAGAGCUAACUUUAGCCUUUUCACGUUAGCAUUCAGCAGAACCAGACAGUGUUUUGUGAUAGCUUUAAAUUAAAUUGGCUUGGCAGUUAAUUGUUAUUUUUCGCUUUACUGGCAUUAACCAGGAGCUUAAAAAAGCGUCGUUAGCUAACCCGUAUUUUGGCUAACUUAGCCAGCAACCUCGCUAGCUAGUUAUUGACCCUCACACUUCUACCGGAGUGGCGACGUGGAUACAGACGCGCUCUCCCACGGGACUUUGGACACAGUUUGACCACGGCGUGGACUGCGCAAGGAUACCCCCUCCUCUGUUUUCAUCGGAUAGUGUCUUAGAUGUGACAGCAUGAGGAUUUCAAAAAGUUACAAGUUACCUUUUUAAAGUUUUCAUUUUGUCCAAAAAGCGCUGCACCCUAUGGUGCCGCUACGGCCACCGAGAAAUGGAUGUCUCGCAGGCCGCUUUCCCAAACGGUGAAGGGCGGCCGGGCGGCGGUGGGACCGGGGAACAUGCCUGGGCAGAGUCCCCCUCAGUUCGGGCUUGGGCUCACUCUGCCCCGCUGUGCCCGACUCGAUCCCUGUGGACAGCUGCUUAUGACUACGAGGCGAGCGGCGAGGACGAACUCAGCCUCAGGCGAGGUGAUGUAGUAGAGGUCCUGUCCAAGGACGCUGCGAUCUCCGGGGACGAGGGAUGGUGGACGGGGAAAAUCAACCACAGGGUAGGGAUUUUCCCUUCCAAUUAUGUCACCUAUCAGCCCGCUAUAUACCGUCUCCCAGCUACAAGUGUGUCGACUGGGGUACCAGAGCGAGUCCCGAGCUCGCCCGUCCAGAUCCCCUUUAGUGAACUGGUAUUAGAGGAGAUCAUAGGCGUGGGUGGAUUUGGUAAAGUUUACCGGGGCACAUGGAAAGAUCAGGAGGUCGCUGUGAAGGCGGCUCGGCAGGACCCAGAUGAAGACAUAACGGCAACCGCCGCCAGUGUUAAACAAGAAGCUAAACUUUUUUCGAUGUUGCAGCACCCCAAUAUUAUUAAACUGGAAGGGGUGUGUUUGGAGGAGCCCAACCUGUGCCUGGUCAUGGAGUAUGCCCGAGGCGGGACACUGAACCGGGCGCUGACCGGAAGGCGGAUCCCUCCACACAUCCUGGUCAACUGGGCUGUGCAGAUUGCACGCGGGAUGCACUAUCUACACGAGGAGGCCGUGGUACCCAUUAUCCAUCGUGACCUGAAGUCUAGCAACAUUUUAUUACUUGAAAAAAUUGAGAAUGAUGACAUUGGGAGAAAGACCUUGAAGAUCACAGACUUUGGCUUGGCCAGGGAAUGGCACAAAACCACAAAAAUGUCAGCAGCAGGCACCUACUCCUGGAUGGCACCAGAGGUCAUUAAGUCAUCUCUCUUCUCCAAAGGCAGUGACAUCUGGAGCUAUGGUGUCUUGCUGUGGGAGCUGUUAACAGGGGAGGUACCUUACCGUGGAAUAGAUGGCCUCGCUGUUGCUUACGGCGUGGCAGUUAAUAAGUUAACCCUACCAAUCCCUUCCACUUGUCCCGAACCCUUCGCUAAGCUCAUGGAAGAUUGCUGGGACCAGGACCCUCAUGUGCGUCCCUCAUUCUCUUGCAUCCUGGAGCAGCUUUCAGCCAUCGAAGAGGCGGUGAUGGCCACCAUGCCUCAGGACUCCUUCCACAGCAUGCAGGACGACUGGCGUGUGGAGAUCCAGGAGAUGUUUGAUGAGCUCAGGACCAAAGAGAAGGAGCUACGUUCCAGAGAAGAGGAGCUGACACGAGCCGCCCUGCAGCAGAAGUCUCAGGAGGAGUUGCUGAAGCGUCGGGAGCAGCAGCUCGCAGAGCGCGAGAUCAACGUGCUGGAGAGAGAGCUCAACAUCCUCAUUUUCCAGCUCAACAAAGACAAGCCCAACGUGAAGAAGAGAAAAGGCAAAUUUAAACGUUCCCGCCUUAAACUGAAGGAUGGGAACCGCAUCAGCCUACCCUCAGACUUCCAACAUAAGAUCACCGUGCAGGCUUCGCCCUCCAUGGACAAAAGGCGGAGCCUUCACAGUACCAGCUCCUCUCCUCCCAGCAGUCCCACACUUAUCCCUCGUCUACGAGCCAUUCAGCUUACUCAAGAUGAGAGCAACCGUACGUGGGGCCGCAGCUCCCCCUUCAGGCCAGAGGAGUUUGAUGACGUGAAAAAGGGAAUCAAGAAGAAAGGAAGAACCUGGGGACCCAGUUCAGUACAGAGCAAAGAGAGGCCUGCUGCCGCUCAGAGAGUGCGUCCUCUGUCAGAUGGCAGUAACCCGUGGUCCACCAGCCUGGUGAAGUCCCAGAAGUCUGUCCCUCUUGCUGCCCUGUUUGCCGAACAAGCAGGGAACAGUAAAGAUGAGACUUUCUCCCAGGAAUGUUCUGACAGCAGCUCCAAACCAAAGCAGCUCAAGUUCCCCAACCAGGUGUACAUCGAUCUACCUCUGUGGAGGGACGAGCAGCAGACUCAGAUUUGUCCUGGUGGAAACUGCGGGACAGGAGAUGCUGGAGUGGGGUUAGCAGGUCAGAGCGGCCAACCAGAGACUCUGGACGACCCAUAUACCACCACAUCCACUUCAUCCACCUCAACUACCCCACAGCUUACACCCACCAACAGCCUGAAAAGGACAUCAGGUCGCCGCAAGACCGACGCCGUGCUGUAUGGCUGCGGUUCGCUGCUGGCUUCGGUUGUGCUCGGUUAUGACAUCAGGGAGGCCCUGAAAAACUCAGCUGCUGGCGAAGACUGCGAGCCCCCGAAAGAGGAGAAAGAGAAGAAAAAGAAAGAGGGCCUGUUUCAACGUGCAACCCGUUUCCGCCGCAGCACCUCACCACCAAGUGGUCGCUCCCGUAAAGACGAGGCAACGUCAAACCACAACUCCCCCCAACCUGUCAAUCUUAUUUCCAUGUCAGCCAUCAUGGAAUACAACUCCACCAAGUGUCUCUUACAGUCUGAAGCGGAGAUGUCGGAGUCUAACCCUGUGAAGGCUGAGCAUGUGGCUGUCAAUCAUCACACAGAGCCAUCCAGAUGCAGCCCAACAGCAGUUCCAGAAGGCCAGAGUAACAAGACUGCAGCUAAAACGCAGACAGUGGUGCAAACCCAAAGCCAGCUGCCAGAGCAGACCAACCACAAUCCAGCAGCACGUAUACGCAGAAAGAAAUACACCACCAACCACAACACCAAUGGCCUGCCCGCUCUGCCUCCUCCAAUCACACAAAAGAAGCAGGAGAAACAAGAGAAAGAGAAGGAUGGAGGGCCAGAAAAGCCCACUGGUGGAGAGGCCUUCACAAGACCGCGGCCAGUGUCACUCAGGGCCAAACCCCACACAUGGGCUCUGCUGCGAGGACGCAACAAAAGCUACUCCCUGGGUCACUAUUCUGGAGAAAAGGCGGCGCAGAACCUAAACAUGAUGCUGUCCUCAGAGGUAGGGAUGGGCUGCUCCCUGCUGGACAUGGACACCGAGGGCCAGAAACGAGACUGCACCGUGCCGCUCUGCCGCAUUCAAAGCUCCCCUGCACGGCCCUCUGUCUUUGAGCUGGACAAAGAGUUCCUCUCUUAGAAGUCUCGAGAAGCGAUCCGCUUGCUGGUGGUUCUAGCUCGUUCCUCACAGCCUAGAGUGUUCAGAACAUACACACACAGAACUCCUGAAGGGUUUAGAACCAGGCUGCCUUUGUUUCUAUUUGAUAAAGUUCUAUACAGAGCGAUAGAAACGGCUUUGUUGCAGUUCUAGCACAUAUUCUAUGUUCUAGACUGCAGCAGAGUCUGAGGCUUCUAGAAAAUUCCUGAGCCACAGGUGUUCUAGUGUGUUUCUUUCUAGUACACACACACACACACACACACACACACACACACACACACACACACACACACACACACACACGGGGUUCUGAAACCAAGGCAGAACUUUCCAGAGAUGGAUCAGCAGCUCUUCCUGUGAUCAUCUCGGUGCUUGACUGCCACCUUUGUUUCCCCUCAUCCCUUCCUCGCUCUUGUCACCCCCCCCCACCCCUUUUCCUUUCUCGUUCUAUCGGUGCAGCUAAACGUUGACCGCUGCUGCAGCUUUCUCAACACAAUACCCUCACCUUUUUAUUUAUAUAUAUAUUUUUAUAGGUAAUUUAAUAUGAAGAGACUUGACCUUACCUUAGAAACCAACAGGACACACAUUCCAUGUCAGUUUCGAAGAAGUGUGAUCACGCUUUUAGAUUUGUUUUUUUUGACUUAAAAAUCAUGCAUGCAUGUACCCUUAAAAUGUUGAACAAAAAAUAUACUAUGCCUUGUUUGUAAAUAUUUCUUUUAAUCCUUUAUCGGCCUAAUGCUGGCAGUUUUGUUUUCUUUUAUAUGGCAUUAAUGCUGUUUUAUGACUGAGGCAGCAAUGCUGCAGUACAGUUUGUUCUUGAGCAAUAGAUUCGGGUUUUGUCCGUGGAGUAGUCGAGAAAUGCGUCUGUUAAUUUGUGUUCAUGAAGAAAAAUGUUUUCUUUUGUUUGUUUGUUUGUUUGUAUGCACAAAAACACCUGCCACACAGUCUGAGGGGAGUUUGAGGUUCAUGAACACAAAUUGUAGUGUAGUCCACCCUAGGAAGGGGAAGAUGGUGGCAUUCACUUAAGAGACACGAUUCAUGUUUUUAUGGUUAAGAUUCUGACUAAAAUCUUAGGUUAAGGUUUAAACACAGAUUGUGGUUUAGGUUCAAAUAAAACAGCUGAGCCAUGUUUUAAAGCUCUGUUACACUUCCUUUUGAAACACUUCAGUUUUGCAGUCGGGGUUACUGUCACAUAUUUAAUUGCUGUCCAUGAGUACACAGGAACAGAUCGCAUUUCUGGACUACAUCACGUGUUGCCACGAGGCCACGCUGUCUCGAGGUAGAUUACAUACUGAAUCCGGGUAGAGAUGUGUGUUUCCACCCAGAAUUCCCUGAAUAUUUUAGAGAUGCGGGUAGAAAACUGGAAGUCCUACAAAGCAGACCUGGAAUCUUCUCAUUUAGAAGUUGUGGUCAUGUGUUGAUAAUAUGGAAUAUGGAGUAUUUAUAGAUGUUUUUUUCUUUGUUAAAUUUUACUUUAUUUGGCACACUGCAGCAGAGCGGGAGGAACGCAUCAGCCGUGAAUGUUCAUGUGAGGGGAAACCCAAAUAAACUGCAUGGAUAUUUAGGAUUUCUACAAAGCCCAUAAAUGUGCACACAGGAGAGUGUUUACUUACCGUUUAGAGCAUCAGCUGCACAAAACUGCAAUACUUGUACUGUAAACCUGAUAAAUGUGUGCCUUUCAGCUUUGUCGUUUAAAAGCUUGGUCACUCAGUCAUAGAAAUCAGCCCCAGUUUGGUUGGUUUGAUUCUGUGAUAGCGCUGUUACAUGUAACUGGUUUUAACGUUUAGUUGAGUCAGGUUGUCGGUUGUAUCCGUUUCUCUUUGUACACUUUUUAUACAAUGUUAAGCAAAAGGUUUCUGCAUUUAGAAAAUAUUCAGAGUCAAGACACCGUUGCCUUUAAUGAUCAUGCUAGUUUUCCUCAGUAUUCACAAAGGGCUUUGAAUGUUGAUUUGUCAACAUGUUUCUUCCAGACUUGUGUGAACUUGACAGUAUGCAGAGCUGAUAAUGAAGGAUAUAUGCUGGACCCAAUGCCACCUGUAAUUGUUUAGUGUUGAUUGUUCUCCCCCCAGUAAAUUGAAUAUAAAAGUGGGCCAUUCAAGUAUUCAUUUACUAAAAGAUAUGAAUUUCCAAAUGGUGUAAAUAUAACUGAUUGCUCAUGUGUAUCUCACUGUGGCAUUUUAUAAGUUCCUGUGUUGCUGUGUUUUAUGACCACUGAAUUCAGAGCAGCUCUAAACAUUGUAAAGGGCCUUACUGAUCAUAAAGCUGUUAAAAGUGAAAGCUAGUUUUUUUAAAAUAAAUUAAGGGCAUCUUUAAACACCAGCGUGCACUGCUGCUAUAACACUGCAGACCUGAAGCAUUCCCAGACACACAUUCCAAUAUAUUUGACAAACUGCAGCAAUAAUAUUCGUGAAUCCAGACACGGCACAUUCAGGCUGUGUGGCUACAGGACCAAAAUUCAGCUCUACCAGCACUAAGGCCUCUCAGUCUUCAGGACCAAAACCACUAAAUGAACUAGCUGCUAGUGAGGAGUUCCUACAAAGAAGGCGACUCCACAUGAAAACACCACAAAGAUCUUCAGUGUGAAGCACUGUAGCUGAAAGACCCACUGCCCUCCCAAUCAAAUGAGAACUUCCUGUUAAAUGCAGUGCUUCCUUUAAAUCACUGAACACGUGUCACGCUGACUGUGUCAGAUUGAGCUUAGAGUACAUCUGUUUCAGUGAGCGCUGUUUGAUAUCAUUACAGUAUUUGUCAUUUCAUGCCUAAUUGAUCAAGAGUAUCGAGUUUAUCAAUGUUUUCAAUAAAGUCUAAGUUGAGACUAA